AUGUUCCAGUCUUCGAAACCCUACUCGGCCGUGACGGUCCAGAUCGAGGUUCUUACCAGCGAGCAAUAUGAGGUGGAAGACUCAAGUGGCAUCGUCGACCUCGUGGAGGUCAUCCGCAUCCAGGCCAGCGGCCCAACGGAAGCGAGUCGGGCUUUGCGCAAGAAGCUAAAGUAUGGCAACCUGCAUCGGCAGCUCCGAUCGCUCACGAUUCUCGACUUCUUGAUCCAAAACGCUGGCGAACGCUUCUUGCGCGAGUUCGCCGACGAGCCUUUGCUGGAACGACUCCGUAUUGCCGGUACCGACCCCGUUUCAGAUCCCUUGGUGAAACAGAAGUGCAAGCAGCUCUUUGGACAAUGGGCUGUAACCUACAAAGAUACGCCGGGUAUGGCUAAGAUUACCGCCCUCUACAAGCAGCUUCCGAAGCGCAAGCAACCUGCCACGCAGGCCAAGGCGAAAGUUCUUCGAGAAGGCUCGAACCACAAUGAGCCGCCAAUGGGCCACACGGUGUCAAUAUCCGCUGGUAAUGGGCCUUCCACAACCCUCAGCAGCCCGAAGCCAAAAAGCAAGCCAAAGGAUAAGAAGCGGGACAAGAAGCUUUCCAUCAGCUCUAGAAGCUUCUCUUUGGAGCGGGAACGCCCCCAAAUUUAUGAGACCAUUGCCUCUGCAUCCGUGGCGAGCACCAAUCUGCUCAAUUCGUUGAAACUCGUCAAUCGAGAAACGACACGUGUCAGUGACGAUGCAGAAUGUAGUCACCGAUUUGAUACUUGCAAGAAGCUCCGCCACCAGAUUCUGCGAUAUAUCCAACUCAUUGAAAGCGAGGAGUUCCUAGGUGGAUUGAUUCAUGCCAACGAGGAACUGGUGACCGCAUUGAUGGCGUUCGAGGUGUUGGACAAGAGCGUGGACUACGACAGUGACAGCGAUGACGAUGUCUUGUCGGGUAACUGGCGGUCACGGGCCGAAAUUGAAGGUGAAAUGAGCGAAGGUUUCAGUGGGUUGUCCGUCAAUCCUCCAAAACCGCCGCGACCCACUCUUCCUCUCGCUUCGUCUUCGCAGCACACCCGGCAAAUAUUUGAUAGUGAAAGCGAGACGGAGUCCGAAGUCGAGGAUGACGAGGACAAUCCCUUUGGAGACCGGAAUGCGAUUAAGACGCCUGGGAUUGAGAAGAAUGGCUUUUCAUGGUAA